GUCACUAUAGAAGGAUUAGAGAUUAAGCUUAUUAACUUAUAGAGAAGCUGAAGAGAUCACUAGCAGAAGCACACCAAUAAAGGUAACACUAAUUAGGUAGCCGUUUGGACUUUCUACAAUCAAUGGUUUGUGGGAUCUUCUUGGGAAAACCAAAGGACAAGGGAAUUAGCUACUACAAGUAUAUGGAUUAGUCAUGGAAUACAACUUAAUCAGAACUUAUAGACAUAGACGUUGUUGAGAUUCAUUUGAUAUAUAAUGGCAGGGAAAGGGAAAUGGAAAGGACCGGGGAUCGGAAUUGAUCUGGGUACCACAUAUUCAUGUGUUGGAGUAUGGCAGCACGACCAUAUUGAAAUCAUUGUUAACGAUCAGGGCAACAGAACGACUCCAUCAUAUGUUGCAUUCACAAAGACAGAGAGAUUGAUAGGGGAUGGAGCUAAAAAUCAGGUAGCUGUCAACUUCAUGAAUACUGUUUUUGGUAAAUUGAUUGGUAGGAGGUUUAAUGAUGUAUGUGUGCAAAGUGACGCAAAGUGUUGGCCAUUCAAGGUGAUUUCUGGGUUAGAUGACAAACCAAUGAUUGUCAUCAACUACAAAGGUGAGGAGAAGCAUUUCUCUGCGGAGGAAAUCUCUUCCAUGGUUUUAGUGAAGAUGAAGGAGACUGCUGAGGCUUUUCUGGAAACACCAGUGACAAAUGCUGUCAUUACUGUCCCGGCCUACUUCAAUGACUCCCAAAGGCAAGCUACAAAAGAUGCUGGUGUAAUUUCUGGUCUGAACGUGAUGCGUAUCAUCAUUGAGCCAACUUCUGCUGCUAUUGCCUACGGACUAGACAAGAAUAGAGCAAGAUGCGUUGAAGAGAAGAACGUUCUUAUUUUUGACCUUGGAGGGGGAACAUUCGAUGUCUCUCUAUUGACCAUUAAAGAUUCCAUCUUUAAAGUGAAGGCCACAUCUGGUGAUACCCAUUUGGGAGGGGAAGACUUUGAUAAUAGAAUGGUAAAUCAUUUUGUGCAAGAAUUCAAACGUAAAAAGAACAAGGACAUAAGUGGAAACCCUCGUGCACUAAGCAGACUAAGGACGGCUUGCGAGAGGACAAAAAGAGCACUUUCAUAUACAGCAGAGAUAACUUUCGAUAUUGAUUCUCUCUAUGAAGGUGUAGACUUUAAUUCUAAAAUAACCCAAGCUAGGUUUGAGGAGAUGAACAUGGAUCUAUUCAGUAAGUGUAUGGAGAGUGUUGAGAAAUGUUUGAAUGAUGCGGAGAUGGAGAAGAGCAGCGUGGAUGAUGUUGUUCUGGUUGGUGGGUCUACUAGAAUUCCGAAAGUGCAGCAACUUCUUAAGGAGUUCUUCAAUGGUAAGGAACUCUGCAAGAGACUCAACCCUGAUGAGGCGGUUGCCUAUGGUGCUGCAGUUCAAGCUGCCAUUUUGUGUGGUGAGGGAAAUCAGAAAGUUCAAGAUCUUGUACUUCUGGAUGUCACUCCUCUUUCUCUUGGAGUUCAGAUAAAAGGAAGCAUCAUGUCAGUCUUGAUUCCUCGGAACACUACAAUUCCCAUAAAGAUGGAGGAUGUAUUUACUACAGGCUUUGACAACCAGUUGAGUGUUGGGAUUAAAGUGUACGAGGGUGAGAGACUGAUGACGAAAGACAAUAAUUUUCUUGGAGAAUUUAGGUUGUCUGGAAUUUCCCCGGCACUGAGCGGUGUUCCUGAAAUCACAGUAUGUUUUGAAAUCGAUGUUAACGGGAUAUUAAAUGUUUCUGCAGAGGAAAAGAUAUCAGGUCAGAAGAAUAAGAUGUUAAUAAGGAAUGAUAAAGGAAGGUUAACUACAGAAGAGAUAGAGAAGUUGGUGCAAGAUGCGGAGAAGUUCAAGUUGGAGGAUGAAGAGAAAAAGAAGGCAGCUGAGUCCAGGAAUGAUGCCGAGAGGUAUGGCUACAAUGCGAAGGCUCGCGGUGACAACAAACUCAUAUUCAUCGGAAUCAUCAUUGAGCCAACUGCUGCUGCGAUCGAUGUUUCUGUCCUGACCAUUAAAGAUGUUGUCUUUGAAGUGAAGGCUACAGCGGGUGAUACCCAUUUGGGAAGAGAGGAUUUCGAUAACAGAAGGGUUUGUUUUGUUCAGGAAUUCAAAUGGAAGAACAAAAUGUACAUAAGUGGAAGUCCUCGUGCCUUAAGCCGACUAAGGACUGCUUGUGAGAGGACGAAAAGAUAG